AUAUUUUAAAGGUGACGAAAACAAGUGCGUCGAGUAAAGGUAAAAGUCAAAAUCGGAAAAUUGAAAAGUUUGGUCCAAAAAAAGUAUUUUAGCUAAAGUAGUGGAUUAACUCUAGUUGCAAAUACAGUAAAGUGACUGCUUCACUCAACUCCUAUCGCAGAAAACUACGCUGCAUUCCGUUUGAUCCACGAAGAACUAGAGAAGAUCGAAGCAAAUUUCGACGUUUUGUUUUUUUUCUUUGAUGUGCAACUGCACUCGAUAGAAAUGGAAAAAAAUAUGGAAGACGUCUGCUAAUUUGGUCUCCCUCUCUGCGAUAAAAAUUUAUUCUAUACGGUUUAAGAAUAAUUAAAAAAAUCCGGAAUCUCGGAAACGAAACAUGGAUCGCGAUGAAUCCAACAUCAGCAGCAGCAGCAGCAGCAUGGAUGGCGAUGAAAUUCGUCAUCUGUCGAAGAAGUCAAAACUUUCCAAUGAACUAUCCAACCUGGAUACCAAUAGUCAGGACAUGGAUUGCUUUGGUGGAGAACCUUCAACAUCAUCAUCUUCAUCAUCGGGAAGAAAAGACCGUCCGCAGUUGAUGUCGAUGGACCAAGACUCGGCUGUUACUGAUGAAAAUGAACAGCAGGAAGCGUGUAAAUCGAAUGAAAGUCCGAACGAAGCUUUCAAUACAGAAAACAGCUCCAAUAAUAGCAAAGUAGAUGCAUCUAGCAGCUCCGGAGCGGCAGUAGAUGCAUCACAGAAUGAUGUCUCUGAUCGUCCUGCCGAAGCGGCACUAUUAGCAGCUCCAGCUGCAAACGACGAGGCUGACGAACUUCCUGUGAGGCGUAGAAACCGUUUCCGUGGCAGAAACUAUCGUUUGCGGUCCGAUUCAUCUGCCUCAGAUGAACAGGACGAAGACUCGAUCGCUCAUCAGGCUGACCAGGUGGCGGGUAUGCUUAUCCGAAGAUUGGUUGAUACUAUUAAUCAGGAAACCGAUGCCAGGAGUGAUGCGAACGAGGAGGCUAGCAAUGACGAUAAUAACGAUGACGAUGACAACGAAAGCAGCUCGGAGACUUCAUCCGCCGAUUCAGAUGACUCAGACUCUUCGCCGAUGGUUUCAAAUGAUGAUGACGAUGACGACGACGACGACGAUAGCUUAUAUGAGAACGUUGCUGAGGGAACGCCAGCCGAAUCUAUCGACGUAUCGACUCUUCCUUUUAUGCAAACAGCUAACCUUAAAAACAAUUGGAAUUGGCUUCGGGAACUACAGAUGCGCUCACAAGGGCUAUCAUAUCGAACUAGAAAAUCUGUUGGCGGUGCAGGUUACAAUUCGAAUCAAUUUCAGUUUCACUCUUACGGUUCCAAGUACGUGGUGGAACGACUAACGAAGCUGCACUGCCUGGAAAAACACGACGGGUGUGUCAACAGUCUCAACUUUAACAUUGCCGGAACACUGCUGGCUAGUGGAUCCGACGACCUCGAUAUCAACCUCUGGAACUGGCAGACAAACAAAUUAGUCAAAACCAUCGUCAGCGGCCACAAGUCUAAUGUUUUUCAGACCAAAUUCAUCGAAGCCAGUGGUUACAAAAAUGAAAUCGAAAUCGUUUCUACGGGCAGGGAUGGGCAGGUCAUCCACAACCGCGUUUGUCCAUCGGGUUCGGUUAAGCGUACCAUGCUGUUCAAGCAAACGCAACCGAUCCACAAGAUAGCAAUCCCGGCUCGGUCUCCGUACGAGUUUCUAACGGCAUGCGAGGAUGGCGUGGUAAAAAGUUACGAUCUGCGGGAUAACGUGGGUAAGAAAAUUACCAACGUUAAGCGCCGCUUGUACAGCAUCGCUACUCAUCCGUUCGAUCAUGAGUUUUGCGUGUCCGGUAACGAUGAAUCCGUUCGGGUGUACGACCGUCGCCAGUCAUCAAAAUUAUUGAAGCAGUUCUAUGCGGCCCAUAUAAAUAAUAAAAAGCAGUACAUUACUGUGACCUGUGCCGUGUACAACAAUUCCGGUAGCGAGAUUCUUGCCAGCUACAGUGAAGAGGAUGUCUUCCUUUUUGACAAUGUUCACCAUGAGACUGGAAAGUACCUUCACAGGUAUAGCGGCCAUUGCAAUGUUAAAACCAUUAAAGGGGUUAACUUCUUCGGCCCCAAUUCCGAAUAUGUGGUCAGUGGAAGUGAUUGCGGAAAUAUAUUCAUCUGGGAUAAAGAAAGCGAAAUAAUAGUCAAUUGGAUGAAGGGCGAUGAUGCCGGGGUCGUUAAUUGUUUGGAACCCCACCCGGAGUUCCCCAUAUUGGCUACCUCAGGACUGGAUUCUGAUAUAAAAAUUUGGGUACCCAAGGGAGGAGAUGAUGAGCACGAAGUUCCUCACUAUGCACGGGAGUCCCUGGAGAAAUGUGUCAAACGAAAUCUGCGAAUCCGCCGGGUCCGUCGAUGUCAUUCACUAAGCGAGGGACACAUCCUAGACUUUCUGCUGUUCAGUCAAGGUUUUCGUAACGGUCGGCAGCGGCUGGGCCUCGAUGAUGGAUCAUCAGAUGGCGAUAAUCCAGCGGCGGGAGCUGCCGGUGGUGCAGCCGCAGCAUCAGCCGCAGCAGCAGCUCCUGCACGCAGAACCCGAAGACGCGAAGCUGGAAACGAUGACGACGAUGAUCGGAUGAUACUGCAAUGUAAUCCAUCCUAACUGGCAGGCGAUGUAUUUUUCGAAGUGUGAUAACUGGCCGUUGAAGGAAACAAGAAAAAUGCUCCACUGUCGAGCAAAACUUUGUGAUGCUAUUUCUGAAUCGUUUUGGAAUAUCGAAGUUGUUUAAAAGAAGAAUUUUUAAAAGCGAUCUGAUAGCGGGUCCUUUAACUUUAUAAUUCAAAAGGAUAGGCUAUUUUUUAUUUUAUUUUUUAUUGUCUUAGCAGCGCUUAUUAUCAUUUUCUGUUUGAUUACAAUACGUUACUUUAACUUUUGGCCUUGUAGGUAAUUAUCUGUAGGGGAUAAUAUAUCAAAAAAUAAAUAACAAAAAAUUUAAAAUGA